GCAUUUCUAAUUUCACCAUUUGUUGCCGUUUGCAACUCGCAUUAUUGGCUAACGAGCAAAAGAAGACUGUCCCUUCCAACUAGCUGAUAACAAUUCAAUUAUUAUCCGGGGUCGGGUUCCACCCGGUAAAAUUCGUGCUUCAUUUUUCUCUUCGCACUUUGGCAUGUUUACGUUUGUUAUAAUAUGUUGUUUGUUGGUGCAAUUAAAGGCCCUAGAAGUAGAUUUCAAGUCAGACUUCAGGACGAGGGCUGCUUUUCUUCAACAGUUCGGCUAUCUGGGUACUUCUGAUACUGUUCCAGUGGGCAUAAAUAUUCUGCCCGAAUUUGCUGCAGCUCGAUCCAUGUCUGGUGAUGACGAACUUGCUGGCAUGAAUGAGAUCCCGGUAGAAGUGGUAAAGAAACUACAGCUUUAUGCAGGGGUAGAGCAGUCAGGGGUGUUUGACGAUGACACUAUCGGGAUGAUGAUGACACCUCGCUGUCAAAACCCCGACAUCAUAGAUACGAGCAGUAGUUUGACGAGAUUCUUUCUUGGCCAAGAGGUUUCCAGACGGAAAAGAAACGCUGGUUGGUCAACACCGAAGUGGAAUAAACACGAUUUAACUUUUGCUCUUGAAAACACAACUCCCCAAAAUGAUCAAGCUAAGUUAGUGAUCAGUGCCGCCUUUACAGCCUGGGCAGAGUGUUCAACACUAUCCUUCAGACUGGUCGACAUAGCGCAGUCUCCAGAUAUCGAAGUGAAGUUCGCUAGCUGGCGCCACGACCCCCCUAAAGAUUGUUCCUUUGAUGGCCCUGGUGGAGUCAAGGCCCAUGCAUUUUACCCUCCCCUUGGAAAAGCACAUUUCGACGAGGAUGAGGAUUGGUCUAACAAUUGUGAGCUCUAUUCGGUAGCUCUGCACGAGAUAGGCCAUCUGCUGGGUCUCGGACAUUCCUUCCACAAGACCUCUAUCAUGUUCGCAUACUUCAACACAGAUUUCGUCAAAGAACGCUGUGAAGGAGGAAAUAGCCGACCACUUUCUUCCCAUGAUAUCGACAACAUCCGGUCCCUAUACGGGUCGGAGAGUUGCGACAAAGCUGAGGAUCCGAAAGUAGUGACAGCCUCGACUUCAGAGGGUCCCGGUGGUAUCGACGAAUUCACCACAACUCCAACAUCUGCAACUACAUCAGCUGCAGAUGAAGAGGAAAUAACAACCUCAGAAACACCUUCUCAAAAGCAAACAACUAACACUUUCUCAGGAUCUGUUCUUGCAACCUUUGCCACGGACGGUCCCAACAAUUGGCAGUUAAAAUGCGGUGAGAUAACGGAAAAUAUUCUGAGCAGCCCGUACUAUCCAGAGAUUUAUCCGAAUGGGAUGAAUUGCACCUGGACGAUCAGUAUUCCUCCAGGAAUGAGAGCGGUCACUAUGCACUUUAUUAAGUUUGAACUGGAGGAUGGGGGAGAAGAGUGCGCGUUUGAUUACCUCCAAAUUAUAGAACAGGAUGGCAUUUUAUUGUCACAUAAACUGUGUGGGCCGCAAACUCAGUCCCUUACAUUUGAGUCUAAAGUUCUGACUAUCAAUUUUAUCUCUGAUUCCUUAAAACAAGCAGCUGGAUUCAAAAUUCUGCUUAUCUAUGAAGCUGAGCAACCAAAGCCCCCAUGCAGAACUGUUCUAGAAGACUCUGAGGGUUUGGUGACACAAGACCAUCCAGUCCUAGAUGAUCAUGAAGAAUGCGUCUAUGUAAUAAACUCGACUGAUCCUAACAAAGAAAUCCUAAUCAUAGUUGACCACAUAGGAGACCAUUGUUCAAGGUAUGAACUGCUUGAAUCUGAGGAGGAUGGCGAAGAAAGUUUGAUCGGAAGCUGCUCUGAGGAUGGAACAGGGGUCACCUACUUCACCUCUAGUACAUUCUUCAUCAAGUUCAAGCCCCAAGAGUCCGGAAGUUUCUCAGUGAAGUACUACACUAUAUCAUCUGAGGGAUAUCAGGGCUGUUCUGUCUAUGGGACACGUGACUACAACAGACAAUUCCUGGAAAGUGGAAUUUGGCAGCCAUUCACCGACACCGCUAAUCUGUACUUCCCAAACACGGACUGCAUUCUUUACAUUCCACGGAACGACCAGGGAAGGGAGCUGAUUGUGAAAAUCGAUAGCAUGAACAUCGAGUAUGACAAAAACUGCAAAUAUGACUUUGUAGAGGUGUACACGGCGGAGAAUGGAACUGCUCAAAGAUACUGUGGGCAAGGGGCGUUAGAGUUCCGCACCCUUGGAGACACCCUUGUUUACUUCCACAGUGACGGGUCAGUUGAGGAAAGUGGUCUGGUGUUGGAGUACGAGGUCUUUGAAUGCGUACACCAACUGAAUUCCUCACAGUAUUUAACAAUGAAUGGUAUCUCACUGGAAGGAGACUGUUCCUACAAUUACGGGAUGGAAACGAAGUCAUUUGCUUGCUUCGAUUUCAGUUCUCCUGUCGAUGGUUACGGAAGGUGUGAGGGAAAUGUUGAGGUUGUGGAUGCCGGAAGCAGGGACGGAGCUGGAGUGAAAUACUGUGACAACUUUUCCACCAUUUUAGACGGAGGAGAAGUUAUUAAAGCAAGUCAGAGUAAAGACGGAGCUGAGAAUCACGGUCUGGGUUAUGUUGAGAUAGAUGCUGGUAGCCAUUGCUACAAGAAAAUUAGUGUAACAAGCACAAGGGACAGGAGCUUCUCCUUCAGAACCGCGCCAAAGGGCAAACAGUGCAUCGUCCACUUAGUCGCACAACCUGGAUAUCGCCUUGUUCUUUCUCCCUAUUCAGUAAAUUUGAAGCGAACGUGUCAGUCAAGGGAGCACAUACGGAUCUUCCAGUCGAACGAAGGCUGUGGCGGUGAGAUUAAAGUAUGCCAAUCAAUGAGAAAUAUCGUUAUCAAUAGCAAUGAAGCAUUUGUGAUCUUUUCAUUGAUAGACAGGAAAUCAAAGUUCAGUCUAAAGGUAAGACAGGAGUAUGGAACAGUGAAAUCAAGUGCUUGUCUUGGAACCUGUGAUGUGAACUUCACAGAACGUCCCACAGUGAGUGCUAGCGUGUUCACGGCUACAACAUCAAGUCCCGAGGACGUUGGAAAUCAUGACAAUAAUGAAUACAUCCGAGACCGGGACGAAAUAGAGGGGUCAAGAUUUGGAGGGCUACCUGGUGGUGGUGGUGGAGGUAGAGCACCUGGAGGACGAGGCUAAUCAUUCGGCAGCGGAGAUUGGGUAUAGAGACUGAAGACUCAUAGUCAUUGAAGGGAUUGUAUUAUAGCUAAUAAAUGCUAUUAAUUUGAAUUAACUUUGAAUUUAUCAAUAUGGCAAGUAUUUUUGUCGUGAAAUCUUUGCCGUUGGACUGGAAGGGAAUGUAUAUUGGAUGUUUUCUUGGGUAAUUUCUUUUAUAUAAUGAAUUUUAAAAGAUUCUA